CCCAGGAAAGUCCCACACUGCUCCGCCGCCACCCGGCUACCAGGGGGUCCCCACUUCUAGCUCUGGCGCCAGCUCGGCGAAUGGAUGGGAGCGCGCAGAAGAGGAUGUGAACUUCUCUGGAGAGAAGAGACACCAGAUCUCCGGGCUGGCAGCCCUCCGAGCCCACAGAGUCAUGGCCCCCUGACAGUCUUGCCUGCAGUGAUGGAGCAUAAGCCUUCCAGAAGCAAUUCCACAGCUGGACAGCUCUGACUGGGAGAAGAGCCUUCCUGAGAUUUAGCCAAAGUCGCCGUUUGAGGUCUCCACAUGUGUCCAGUCAUCUCACCCUCACAACACCCCCAGUGCAGUAGAAACAGCCGGAGGGGUAGCAGCUUGCUCAAGGUUCAUGACGAGGAGAUGACAGAGCAGCAGGUGCCUUAGGAUCUCCCAAUGGGGUGGCUUGGCUCUGGGUUCACGUUCCCUGUGAGCUGCCUGAUCCUGGUGUGGGCGGCAGACUCUGGGUGUGUCAGGGUCCGGCAUCCGCCCACCUGCUUCUCCGACUACAUCAGCACCUCCACCUGUGAGUGGAGGAUGAGCGGCCCCACCAACUGCAGCGCCGAGCUCCGCCUGACCUAUCAGCUGGAUUUUCUAAUCUCUGAAAACGGCACGUGUGUCCCUGAGAAUAGGGAAAGCACUGUGUGCCUGUGCAACAUGCUGAUGGAUAACGUGGCCAGCGUGGACAUCUACCAGCUGGACCUGUGGGCUGGGAAGCAGCAGUUGUGGACCGGUUCCUUCCAGCCCAGCAAGCAUGUGAAACCCAUGGCCCCUGGAAACCUCACAGUUGCUUCCAACGACUCCCACAUGUGGCAGCUGACCUGGAGCAACCCAUACCCUCCUGAGAAUUUCCUGUACGAUGAGCUCUCCUACCAGGUCAACAUUUCAAAUGAAGACGACCCCUCAGAGUUCACAGUGAAUAAUGUGACCUACAUGGAGCCCACCCUCCGCUUCUCAGCCAGCAUCCUAAAGCCUUGGACUUUCUACAGCGCACGGGUGAGGGCCUGGGCUCAGAUCUACAACAGCACGUGGAGUGAGUGGAGCCCCAGCGUCAAGUGGUUUAACUAUUUGUCACCUCCUGGCCCUACAUUGACUGCUGCCCACCCUCAGACCCCAGGAAGCAAAGACUAUGUGUGGCCCUGGGAGCAGCACCUCCCGCUUGCCCUCAGCAUCUCCUGCAUCAUCAUCGUGGUCAUCUGCCUGUCCUGCUAUUGGAGCAUCAUCAAGAUUAAGAAAGACUGGUGGGACCAGAUCCCCAACCCGGCCCACAGCCCCCUCGUGGCUGUCGUCAUCCAGGAGUCUCAGGUGUCCCUGUGGAGGAGGAGGUCCGGAGGCCAGGAACCAGCCAAGUGCCCACACUGGAAGACCUGUCUCACCAAGCUGCUGCCCUGUCUCCUGGAGCAUGGCGUGGGGAAGGAGGACAGUUCCUUCAAGGACGCCCGGAGCGGGCCCGUCCAGGCUCCUGGAAAGUCAGCGUGGCGCCCCGUGGAGGUCAGCAGGACGAUCCUGUGGCCCGAGAGCAUCAGCGUGGUGAAGUGCGUGGAGCUGUCAGAGGCCCCGGUGGAGGUGGAGUGUGAGGAGGAGGAGGACGUGGAGGAAGACCAAGGGAGCUUCUGCUCCUCUCCUGAGAGCAGCAGGGGCGGCUUCCAGGACAGCAGGGAGGGCAUCGUGGCCCGGCUGACAGAGAGCCUGUUCCUGGACCUUCUCGGGGGUGAGAAUGGGGACUUUUGCCCACCAGGCUUGGGGGAGUCCUGCCUUCUUCCACCUUCAGAAAGUGUGAGUGCUCAGAUGCCUUGGGCUGAGCUACCAAGCGCGGAGCCCCAGGAGGCAGCCCUUCAGGGCCCGGAGCAGCUGCUGAGCCCAGAGUGCACCCCUGCAGCCACGCUGACGGGGAGCCCAGCCUGCCUGGCUCCCACACAGCCGCCCGCGGUCAUCGUCACAGACAACCCCUUCUACCGCAGCUUCAGCAGCGUGCUGAGCCAGUGCUCAGGUCCUGGGGAGCUCGACUCAGACCCACAGCUGGCCGAAGGCCUGGGAGACGGGGACCCCGACAUGCUCUCUGCCCCCCAGCCCUCUGAGCCACCCGCUGCGCUCGCGCCUGAGCCAGAAAGCUGGGAGCAGGUCCUCCGCCGGAGCGUCCUCCAGCACCAGCACGGGGCAGCCGGGGGGCCCGCCGCGGCCCCCAGCAGCGGCUACCGGCAGUUCGCGCAGGCGGUGAGGCAGGGCGCCCAGGGCGGCGGGGAGGCCGGGUACAAGGCCUUCUCCAGCCUGCUGCCCAGCGGUGCCCUCCGCCCAGGGACAUCAGGGGCUGAGGCCAGCAGCGGCGAGGGCUGCUACAAGCCCUUCCGGAGCCUCCCUUCUGGCUGCCCUGGGGUCCCUGCCCCUGUGCCCCUGUUCACCUUUGGGCUGGACCUGGAGCCGCACGGCCCUCAGCGCGCACUGCCCCCAGGCAGCUCCCCGGGGUGCCCCGCUCUGGAGCCAGGGGCAAAGGGAGAGGACAGCCAGAAGCCCCCGCUCUCCCGGGAGCAGGCCUCGGGCCCCCUCGGGGACGACCUGGGCAGCGGCAUUGUCUACUCAGCCCUCACCUGCCACCUGUGCGGCCACCUGAAGCAGUGUCACGGCCAGGAGGAGCGUGGCGAGGCCCACGCUGAGGCCACGCGCUGCUGUGGCUGCUGUUGUGGAGACAGGUGUGAGUCCCCCGUGAGCCCCCUCCCAGGGGCGGUUCCACUGGAGGCCAGCCUCCCGGCCUCCCUGGGUGGCUCAGACGGGGGCAAGUCCUCCCUGUCCUUCCAGCCUGGCCCCAGCAAUGCGCAGGGCUCAAGCCAGGCCCCCGCAAUGGUGGCCGUGCUCUCCACAGGGCCCCCUGCGUGAGUGCCUCCUAGGUGUGUGCCCGCUCGCUGCCGAGUGCCCUACCCGUGCGCGAGAAAUGCCGCCCGGAAGGCAGCCAGGCGGCGGAUUUCCGAGACUCGGGGAGCGUGGUGUGGAGGGAGGUGGUCAGACACGGGGGCUGCAGAGACUGGCUCCGCAUUCUCAACACGGACCCGAGCUCAGCACGUGCCGUGGGAGGGGCGGGCGCCGGGCGGGUGCCCACAGCAGUCACCUGCAGGGAUCCGGACGUUCCUGGGCACCUUGGCUGAUGAACGAGCCGUUGGCCACUUGAUCGGUCCGCAGCUUCUCCAGCGUACUGUCCCUGUCAUGCCCGCCGAAGGCACGUUUGUCCACCUUGUCACUCGGUUGCCCGUGUCUUGCCCAGCCCCGGGACUCGCUGUUGCCAUGUUGCUGGCUUGGACGCUGAGCCUAGAAACUAACCAAGCCAACAGGGGACACAUUGGGGGGCCUUGGGAAACUGGUGGGAAAUGGAGGUCCUGGAAGGGUAGUUAUUUGCCCAGAGGUGCCGUUCACUCAACAGGGCUUCAGGAGGUCGACACUGGAGGCGGGAUCUGGGCUGUGGAGGGGCUUAGUCAGUGGGGUCACAGAAGCACACGAAAUGGGGACUACCAAGCAGUGACACUUUGCUGGCAGAUUCCUACAAGGCUGUAAGACGGGGGGCCCCUGUGAAGCCCGGUCCCCAGAAUAGACACCCCCAGCUGCCGUGGGGCCAGUCUGUGCCGUGGUCACCAUUGCUGGCAGCCCCAGACCAGAGGGACAGCUUCCUGCCUGUGAUGCGCUGAGCUGGGCACUCCAGACGCCACCAGGCACAUUCACCUGCAUUUUGGCCCAGAUCUCCCGCUGAGUAAUGUUUGUUUGUACACGUCGCAAAAGUUGUUUUAAACCUGGUAUUUGUAUUUGCUGAGGAGGGUGGAAUGGGAAGGAGUAGAGUUUUAUAUAAAUAAAGGUUCUUUAUCUCUUUUUUUACUUAUGAAAAACACACACUGCCAGGCACUGUCGCGAGUGUUUUAUCUCUGUUAACUCAUUGAAUCAUCCCAUCCAGAGGAACCAAGGCCCAAGGGGUUAAGUAACUUGUUGGCUCUGCUUGGGUUCCCCCGAGACAGGGAUUCAAGUGCAAUGAGCUCAUUAAGGAGGUGGUCCCAGGAAACCUUGCUUGGGGCACGGGGCAGUGAGGCAGGGAAGGACAGGAGGCAGACAGUGCCCGUGUAGGCAACCGCCACUUAACCCUGCAGAAGUCUGGCAAGCCAUGCACAGUGCAUGCCUAGAGGUGUCCCUGCAAAGGGGCAGGGCAGCUGGGGUGCUUGUUCACCAACUCCCAUCAUUGUUAGAGGGCCACUUCCAAGGGUACCAGCAGCUGCUGCUACAGUCUGCCAAUAUCACACAGCUAGUUAGUGGCAGGGCCGUAGCUGAACCCAGGCAGCGACUGUCACCCAGGCUCUCUGUAGGGGAUCCGUUUGGGACAUCCAGGCAGAUGGUGUGAUGGAGUGGGCCUCAGACAGGCAGGCAGGGGAUUUUAACCUCCUGUCUGUGAUCACUGUGUGUCCCUGAGUAGCUACCCUGACUGUCACAGUUGCAAAAUGAGGGAUUUGGCUAUUUGAUAUUCCUUUCUGCUCUGGUGUUCUACACAAUGCACUAGAAGUGAUGGGGAGCUCACUACCUUACAUGGAACCUAAUGUUUGUUAAAAAUGUCUCCAUUGUGCUGAGCCCAAAGCUGUCCCUUUAGGUGUCCAAGUCACUUCCCACCCACAUGUGGUUUACAGAUGGGAAACUUAGUUCUAGGGAGGAAAAGGAACUCGCUAGGGCCACAGUGAAUGGCAGGGCCUGAACCAGCCCUCUGGACUUUUGCCGUCAAGAGCUUUUGUAAUAAAAUGCAAUAAUUUAAAACAAAAAUAACUGUUUGAAGCCAAGCAAUAUGCUAGGUGCUGUAUAUCCACUAUGUCAGCUCUAGUAGGCAGUCCAGUUACCCACAUUUUACAGAUGAGGAAGCAGGUCCAGAGAGGUUGAGGUUUAGCUUAGGGCCACACAGCUAGGAAGUCCUGGAGUCAGGCUUUGAAGCCAGGCCCGACCACACAGCUCCCAGUGCCCACAGAAUGCCAGCUCAUGUACAGCAUGGCACCAAUUCAAGUGUCAGCUCUAAUCCACUUUGAGCAUCAUCUCAGAAAAUCCAAUUUAAAAAUUAAGCAGCAAACAGAAAAUACAUGUGAAUGGGAGAGAGGAGUCGGGUUGGAAGUCCAACAGAAUGGAGGCCGGAGUCAUCGUUCUCUCCUUGGGAUCUUAUAAGACCCGAGUUGUCAGCUGAGGCUGAUAUGACAGAAUUGGCCGGGCUUGGGGAAGCUGGAAUGGAGAAUUAUGCAGAGAUACCUCCCAUCUCUUACCUGGAUUUAAACCCACCCUCCCGGGCUCAGGGAAGCUGGAGAAAGGCCACUGCUCUUGCUUCCCCAACCCGCUUCUC